AGUGACAUUUCCGGAUUUCUAUCAGCUCUUCCACAGACUCCAUUCGUUUCCCUUCAUCACUUGGACGUAGUGGACCCAAUUUUCCCUUCAAUCACCAACCGCCACGAGUCACUGAAACACCUAAUGGAAGCAGCAAAAGCUGACCAGUCACGACUACUGCAGCAGACCAUUUGCUUUCACAAGCAAAGCAACUGGUCUCUUUCCAUAUCAUGGGGCUACUCUGCUCAUAUCUAUGAAAACCUUUAUCCACCAAGCAUUUUGCAUAGACCCCUCCAAACAUUUACGCCAUGGAAGAAGACAGCUAAACCACCCUACAUGUUUAACACUCGAGUUCCCUCAAAUGAUCCCUGUGAGGCUCCUCAUGUUUUCUACUUUGACGCCAUAGAAAAGACCAAGGGAAACCAAAUUCUUACAAGUUAUGUCAGAAGAUCACCUCGUAGGUUAGCAGCUUGUUCAUCAAGUGGGAAUCACUCUGCUGAUUUCAUAUCCAAAAUUCAGGUCCUCUCAACCUCGAGGAGACAUGGUGAGGCUGGUAAUAGAAGAGAGUGCUGCGAUGUUCUGCGUGUAGCUGACAAUCUGAACUUCACGGAGGUCAAGAUUAGGGCUUGCAUGAAGGAUGAAAUAGUGGCCUAUAUGUAAUACGAGAUAUUCAAAUUGUUGUAUGUUUAUUUCUUUUUGGGUGGAUUGUCAUAGUCAUUUUAUUACUGGGUCCAUAAUGAGCUAAAUCAUUCUGUAAGGGGUGAGGGAUGCACUCUUACCCUAAAUAUAAAUGGAACGAGUCCAUUUGACUUCAUUCAAGGUUAUAAGAGAAAUUAGGACUAAGAGACAAGUCUCCUCUCCACACACUCAUAAAUAGGA